CCCGCCCACCGCGCUGUGUUGGCGCUGGUUCCCGAGUGGGCACACUGGAGCUGCGCUCGCGGCGCGCCAUGGCCGGGCUGUUGACGCUGCUUGGUCCGGCAGGAAGAGUGAGCACCCGGCUGCGGCCCCUGGCCCCUUGGCUCCUGGGAACCGCCACCUCCUGUGCUCCACCGCUCUGGGCCUUAGCCUUGUCCCAUCCGGUUCCGGACGCCCGACUGCUGCGCACGGCCCGCGGGGACUGUCUCAGCCGCCAGGAGCCCAACAGGACCUCUGAGCCAGGAGGCGGUGUCACCGGCACAGAGAAAAAGCUAAGCAGAACACAGCAGCUGAAGAAGGUUUUCCAAGAGUACGGGGCCGUGGGCGUGUCAGUGCACAUUGGGAUCUCCCUGGUCUCCUUGGGGAUAUUUUACACAGUUGUUUCCAGUGGCAUAGACAUGUCUGCAAUCCUGCUUAAACUUGGCUUUAAAGAAUCCCUGGUGCAGUCCAAAAUGGCAGCAGGCACCAGCACGUUCGUGGUGGCCUAUGCCAUCCAUAAGCUGUUUGCUCCCGUUCGGAUCAGCAUCACCUUGGUCUCUGUGCCCUUUGUCGUCAGAUACUUCCGCAGCGUUGGACUCUUUAAACCUCCAGCCGCCAAGCCUUGAAGCCAGUCUCUUCUGAUCUGCAAGAUGUGGGCUGUGUGCAAGGUUUUGAAAACAAAAGCUGGAAUCAACCAGGAACAGACAACAGAGGCUUUUGUGAGAUUCCCAAGGGAUGGUCCCCAGUAACCAGGCAGCUAGGAUGGGACUGAAUUUGAAGUUAUUGGAGUCACUGACAAAAUUCUCAACUAUGAUCUCUCCUAAAUCCUGCAAGCUGGGUCUCUCUCUUGAUGCCACCACUAGACGGGUUACAGUCCUGCUUAAUCAUACAGUCCCAUGACACCUGCAACUCUGGGGUUUGUGUCACUGGGUAACAGGAGCUACCACGGACGUCAGUUACAACAGCCUGCCCCAGAGCUGCUGGAGACAAACGGGUAACCUUAAACUGCACCAGUGCUUAAGAAAACAGGCUGUACACUUUUUAAAUCUGCAUUUCUUUGUGUGUUUGGGGGGGGGGGGGGGGCGCUCACUACAUAGAGCAAGGCUGGAGGACAGCUUGGCAGGUCAGUCUUUCCCUCCACCAAAUGGGUCCCGGGUCUUGAACAAGCACCUUUAUCUGUACCUGUUUAGCUUUCUCAUCUGGCCUCAGAGCAAGUUCAGGACAGCCAGUGCUACACAUACAUACAUACAUGCAUGCAUGCAUGCACACACACACACAGCCCCCAAAGUUGACAACACUUUUGACAACAGAUGUACACUUUAAAGACACCCCAUUCAAAUGAAAAAAAUCAAAGUUAUUCAAACCCAAAUCAGUUUUCAAGUUUGAAAGUGCCUACUUCUGAAGUGUUGCAUGAGGUAAUGUCUCCGCUGCAGCUCUAAGGGAACCUUUACAGCUACUGACCAGCAGCAGGAGACAGGCAUCCCCAGAGCUGCACCCACACCACUGUGGUUUUGAAGUUCCAAUUAACUGGUGCCCAGCUUCACUCCCUACCCUACCCCCACCCAACAAUGUACAAGUCUCUCCAGGACACACCUUUGUUUAUCAACCAUCAGGCAUAUCUCUAAGUGCACCACUCUCUUCCAUUAGCCUCUAGGGACACUCAGUAUCCAUAAGCCAGAGUGACAGAGCCCAGGUUCCAGAAAGAACUUUAUCAGGUGUCCCCAGGGUUUCUGCUAACCUGGAAUCCCAUACCUGGAAGAUGGAGCAUGCACCGACCACCCGAAGUCUGCAAUCUUCAACUCUCCGUUUGAGCCAAGCAGUAAGUUCUCUGGCUUAAUGUCUCUGUGGAUCACUCUCUUUGAAUGACAGUAAGACAGAGCGUUUGCCAACUCAGUGAUGUACUGUUGGGAGAAGAACACAGGAGGCUCAGGGCUUAGGGUUAUGUAAGACCAUUGGGCAAAACUGCAAGUUGAUCCAACAAGGACUAGCGUGUUUCUUCUCCUGUAUUGAAGCAAACACCAUAGAAAAGGGUGAGUCUGUGAACACCAGCUGCAGACUGACAAACUCAAUCAGGACUCUGCUAACAGGAUGCUCUCAGGAGUAAGACGAUCUUGAGAGGCAGGGAUGGCACUGGCUGUAAGCUGGACUUACAGAACUGCACAGCUAGCGAUAGGAACAGUUAAGCACCCUGACCAUGGGUAGACCUUGAGCACCCAUGGCCUCCACAUCUGAAGAGUCUAGUGCCAGUCCCACAGUCUGCUCUGCAUCCCAUAACAGGACACUCAGGAUAACCCUGCUAAGUUUCAAUCUACACGAGAAGUCAGCAAGCAAAGACGGAAGGCAGUGGGCAUUUCCCAGCAAACCUGUCUUUCUAUUUGCUUCUUGUUGAGCCUCCCCAGGCUGGGGGAGGAGACGGACUUCAGUGGCUCAGCACACAUGAGCCACCUCAGCUCUCGUGUGUCAAGGGCUUAAUAGGCAAACAAACUUUGCUUUCCCAAAAGGAAAAGACGACGACCAGGCUUUAGUAUUGUUAUUUGUAUGAAGCAUCGCCUAUCUCAAUGUUUUAUAAACAUUUUUCUCCAUCA